AUGUCGUGUCCUAUGAGAUCAGCGUUAGAAGAUAUAGGACAGGAUGGCAGCCACCUAGGAAAUGAAGCUGGGAUGCUGUAUGGAGAAUACCUCAUGCUGGAUAAACUGCUCUCUGCCCAGCGCAUGCUCAGUGCUGAAUCCUCGAAAACUGUCCACGAUGAGCACUUGUUUAUCGUGACACAUCAAGCUUACGAGUUGUGGUUCAAGCAAAUAAUCUUCGAGGUGGACUCUGUGAGAUCUAUGCUGAAUGUGGAAGGUCUGGAUGAGGGUCACACCAUGGAAAUCCUCAAGAGAAUGAAUAGAGUAGUUCUUAUAUUAAAGCUACUAGUAGACCAGGUAAUGAUCUUGGAGACAAUGACACCUCUGGACUUCAUGGAUUUCAGGCAGUAUCUGCGUCCAGCUUCGGGUUUCCAAAGUUUACAGUUUAGGCUCCUUGAGAAUAAGUUGGGUCUCAAGCAAGCUCUGCGCGUAAAAUACAAUCAAAAUUACCAAACAGUCUUCGGAGACGAUCCAGAAGCUAUGGAGGCUUUGAAAAAAUCAGAAGAGGAGCCGGCGCUCUUAGCUUUAAUCGAGCGGUGGCUGGAGCGUACUCCCGGCUUGAACACCCACGGCUUCAAUUUCUGGGGAAAAUUCCAAGCUGUUGUUGACAAAGUUCUGGCUGAGGAUAUUGAAGAGGCCAUGCGAGAACCCCACGAAGAAGUCCGCCGUCACCGUCUCCAAGAUAUUGAAAAUCGUCGUGAAAUCUAUCGCUCCAUUUUCGAUCCUGCCGUCCACGAUGCUCUACGGUCUAGAGGAGAGAGACGGUUGUCUCACAAGGCACUGCAGGCUCCUAACUCUGCUUAUGGAUAUGGACAGUCUUAUCACCAAAUGGCGAUACAAUCACGUGAUAAUGGUCCAGCAUCUACUCUCAGUGACCGCUACAAAGUUUUUCUGGACCUAUUCAAUCUAUCUACCUUCCUCCUGCCUCGGUCUCUCAUUCCACCUCUGGAUGAUGGGAUGAAACGGGACUUAAACCUCACAUGGGGAGAACCCGUUAAGGAAAAUGAAAGAAACAGUCAAAAUGGCUUGGAAAAUUCUAAUUUAUAG